CCGUUUCCCUACUGUAUGACUCCGACUCUUAAUGAUAUCAGCAGGUCAGCUGCUAUCUGUGGACUGGGAAACAGUUAAUGUUUCCAAAUCGGGUCUGACCCUUCAGAAAAUCUUUGGAUGUUUUGACACCGCUGUUUUACGGUCUUCAGAGUUUAAAAUUUCAAUUUAUAUUCCUGGCACCUCAAACUGGAAAUGUAGCAAGUAUAGUUCUCCAUGUUCAGUGGCUUCAGUGUAUAGUUCAUUGUUCAGAAUGGGUUCUCGCGUGUUCAUCGGUAGACUGAGUCCUCAUGCUACAGAGAAAAAUGUGGAAAAGUUUUUCAAAGGAUAUGGAAGAAUUAAGGAAAUUGAUCUGAAGAAUGGCUUUGGAUUUGUGGAGUUUGAAGAUUACAGAGAUGCAGAUGAUGCAGUGUAUGAGAUGGAUGGAAAAGAGUUGUGCAAUGAGAGAGUUACAGUUGAACAUGCCAGAGCACGCCCUAGAGGAGGACGUGGAGGGGGCCGAUAUCAAGGUCGAUUCAGCCAACGUUGGUCCCGUGGUGGUGGUAGUGGAGGCAGAAAUGGACCUCCAAUUCGUACAGAAAAUAGAGUAAUUGUUGAAAACUUAUCUUCCAGAGUUAGCUGGCAGGACCUCAAAGAUUUUAUGAGACAGGCUGGAGAAGUUACCUUUGCUGAUGCACACAGGCACAAACUCAAUGAAGGGAUUGUAGAAUUUGCCUGUUACAGUGAUUUGAAGAAUGCACUUGAUAAGCUCUCUGGCACUGAGCUUAAUGGUAGAAGGAUUCGACUGAUUGAAGAACGUAAGCAGUACAGAUCUCGUAGCAGGUCCCGUUCCCGCACUCGCAGUUCUUCCAGAUCUCGCAGUCGUUCUCGCAGUCGAUCUCGUUCCAGAGACCGCAAGUCUUACAGUAGAUCAAAGAGUAGAAGUCGCAGUAAAUCACGUUCUCGUAGUAGAUCACCUGCUCCUGCAAAGGAAUCGGAAGGCCGCUCCCCUUCACCAUCCAAAUCACCCGUGUUGGCAGGGCGUGCAAGAUCCCGUUCUCGGAGGCGGACUCCUUCGCGGUCACCAUCUGGUGAAAGUGCUGACUAAAUGUUAUUGUCAAUAGUGGACUUUUACCCCCAAGUGAGUGAAAGUUUAUGUAAAGUACAUGGUAAGUAGGAAGUGGUGAAUUUGUCAAAGGAUUCUAGAUCUUUGUCUACUUAAAUGCAUAUGUAUAGUUAUUGGAAGUAACGUUGAAUUGAUUAUAAAUUCAUUUUUUAUUCAGAAUGAUUUCUUUAAUUGCUUAAUGUGCAAUUUUCUUUUUGCAUUGAUUUCAUUAAUGGAUCUUUGGUUUUCAUCUAUCUGUAAUAUUGAAUGCAAUUGCAUAAAAUUGUUUCUGUUGUGCAUCCUUUAAAUAAAUAUUCAACAAAGUUAUGAUUAUCAAACCUCACUUGCAGAUGGUCAGUGUUUUCUAAUUGCUAGGUAAGUUUUUUUUAUCAAAGUUUCAGAGCAAGUCUUCAAUAUGCAGUUGGGUUAAGAAGUUACCAUAUCUUGUAAUGUUGAAUGUGCAUUGUUCUUUGAGUGUGGGGAAAUCUUGCCUUGUUUUCUCUUAUAGCUUUAGUAUUUUUAAAACACUUUUUUUUUCUCCUAACAAUUGUCAUGCUCGAAUAGUCAUGGAUUAGUGGUUUACUGUAUUUGACUAAAUGCAUUUUUAUCUUCCCAGAUAGCUUUACCAUAAACGUUUGAAUGUGACAACUAUCAGCAUCUUCACAAUUAUGCUUUUCUUAGUAUGCUUGAGAUGCAUGAGAAUAAAUUGUAGUUUCCCAUGUCUAGAUGAGGUAGAAGUAGAAUUUUUGAUGUCCUGCAAAACAACAGGCAGCAUUUUUAUUUCUUAAGUACUGCUGGCAUUUCUUUGCUUUCAAUUUAAAUGAAAUCAGUUCACUUCUUCAUAUAAACGUGUUUUGGUUUUAAAAGUAUACUACAGAGGAACCUAGAUUAUUUGAAUAUCAAUUAUCUGAAAAUCUGAUUAUCUGAAGGAUAUCUUGAGAUCCCAAUAGAAACAUUACAUCAAAGACGUGUCCAGCACUGAUCGCAUCUUUUGUUUACAGUGAUUAAAAGUGCUGCCAAGAUCAGUCCUAGACUGUGAGCGCAGGUGCGCUCUCUCUAAAUGACUGACUGACCUCCCCAACCCCCAAAAAGUAGUAGCAGCAGUCUUGUUGGUGUCCCGUCUGGCUGCCCCAGAUAGGGCACCGGGGUGGCAUUGGGGGGACAGGGUGCGCGCUGUAAUGCUGUCUUAUCCUCUGUACAGAGAGCAGACUUUACAGAAAACUCCGAGCCUCAGAGGAAAGGCAUUGAAUCGAUUAACUGAAUAAUCAGUUAUCCGAACGAAAUAGUGCCUGCCCAUCUCGAUCGGAUAAUCGAGGUUCCUCUAUCAUCUUUGGGUCCAUCCCUUUAUCUUUGCUGAACUAGUUGAUCUUGGCUAAAUAUUCUUCCCAAGUAAAUAGUAUUUUACACUGUGUGGUAUAGCUACUUCAAAGGUGGGGUAUACGGAGAAGCUAGUUUCCAAUACCUAAGCUAGUGCUUCAUAGGAAGUUGUUUUGGUUAAUAUUAGUCCUUCAGGGAGGUAUUCGAUUUCGCACAGCAUUCUGAAAGUCCUGUUUUUUUUUUCUAAUCUCCCAUUCAUUUUAACUAACAUAGAUCAAUGAGUUACAUAUGUUGCAGAUUUCCAAAUAAAAUUUGAUUAAUUUAGAAUGAGAUUUUGUAAUGGCUGACUUGCUCUGCAAUUAAGAAUGUGGCAAGUGGUUCAAAUUUUUCCCUUGCACUCUGCAAAGCAGCUUUUUUUGAGCUGACCAGAUUAUGUUGUAACGUGACAAUACAGAAAUACUUGAAUGUCCUCUAACAGGCAUAUCAGACACACUUUUAUGAAUUAUUGUCAGGGCAUGUGACCUUAAGCUCAAUUUUGCCACUCAGUCAUACUCACUGAACCCUGGAGCAACAAUGAGUCAAUAGACACGAACAUGGUUUUUUUUUUACUGUGCUUCACAAUAUCUAGCAGUGAAAUAUAUAUAGAGUGCUAGACAGAAUGUGGCAAUUAUCUUCUGAGGGAUAGGUGGCAACGGAACAGAGUCACCUCCAUGUCUCCUCAACCCCCCCCCCCUCAAAAAAAUCCUGUUUCGAAUGUGGAAGAAAGCCAUUAAAUUGAUGUCCAAGAACAGCUAGCACAUCAGAACAAUUCCUUCCACAUCAUUAGAUAUCAUUGAUCAUGGACAUCAGGUAGAAUGAAUGUCAUACAUGGUGAUAAAUUAAUCCCACCACACCUUUCCAAUAGGCUGGAACACUACAGCCUCUUGCAACCAUUCAUGUGCCAUGCAAAGUCUGUUUGAUUUUAUCCAGUAGACUUUUUUGUCCAUAUUUCAUUCUGACUUAAAGCAGCUAAAUCAGUGAAAAUCUUUUCAGUAAUCAUUAAACUCACCCUAUAUGUGAUCAGUUCAUUGAGGAUCUAUAGCUGCAGCUUAACAAAAUACCUCUGACAUCAGUAGCCAUUGUUAUGUCUGUAUUUUCUGCUUAAUCAACUCUAAAACAAUGCUACAUUGUCUCUCUGAUCUUGUGUUAGAGUUAUUAAAUCUUUGAUAACAUGCUCUUACUGAGUAGAGAAUGUAAAGAACACAUGGGGCUAAUUAAGGAUUGUAUUUCCUACGUAGUCCAUUUUAGUGAUAGGCCUGUUGAGCACUAUUUAUAACAACUGAUGAUUUGAGUAAGUUAGGACUGAAAGGGCAAUUGGUUUAUUAAAUAAUUUGUGUUUUCCUGUUGAGGUUUUCAACCAGUUUGUGUGAACUAAUUAAUUGAGCCAUGCAAAAGAUGAACUUCAGCUCAUUGAGGGCUGAUCUUUUUUUAAAAUGGGGGGGGGGGGCAGAAUUCACUGCCAGUGACUUCUGAAAGUGUUAGUCACAGUAAGUCUUGCAUAUUAAUAACUUGCUAUUCCAAGCAAUUCUAGUUUAUCUGUGCACACAUACCAGGACUAAAGAGUAGCUAUUUAUUUAUGAAGAAGACUAUCAUCCUUCUCACCCGUUUUAUCUGUCCAUUAGAAGUGAAUGGCAAAAAUGUUACAUUAGUACCUGACAUCUUCCUGCCAUCAUAGCCCACAUCAUCUGUUAGACUAGUUCUUUUGAAGGGUAAUCCAAUUAGUGCCACUCCUUUUGCACUUCACCCACAUUGUCAGGUUUUUUUCCUCCCAAAUAUUGAAUGUUUCCAGCAUCCUGUGAGGCAAUGCACAGUUCAGAUGAAGCAUCAUACUUGUGGUCAGAUCCUUCACAAUACUGAAAGAGUUGAUGAAAGUGUUUUUGAAUGACUAAUUUGCACAUAAAUUCUGGUGGGCGCCAGUAACAUUGUAAAGAAACUUGCAUUUCUAUACUGAGUGGUCAUGUCCUAAAGAACCUCAUUAUAUUAAUUUUAUAUUUUUCUGAAUAUUGACACACUGGCUCACUAGAAGGCUCAAGUACUUUAUAUUCCUGGUGCCACACUUAAACAUAAAGACACGCCAGAUAGGUCAAUUAUUAAUUAGCAAAGAUGGGGGGGUGAGUCUGUCAAGAUUGGACAUGUCUUUCAUUCUAAUGUUUUUCACAUUUGUUAAAACAUAUUUUGCUAUAUGUACUUUAAUACCAAAAUAAAAGGUUCUGCUGAAA